CUUGACAAUCUAGAAUAACAAGAGAAAAAGGGCAAGGAAAAAGAAAAACACACAACGCCUCCCUCUUUCUCUAUCUUCACAGAGCCAUGGCAUCAACCAUGAAGGUGAUCUUGGUGAUUGCCCUGACCAUGGCUUUGAGCCUCGCCAUCACCAUGCGAACCCUCGUCGAAGAGACGGAGGAGAAGCCGCCUUUGGAGGGAGAGGACCCCCUGAAGAUGCCCGACGCGUCGGCCAAGAUCGCCCUGCCUUCCAAGAGAUCGAGCCGCUUCCUCGCUGACACCAGAAACCCGAGAGCCGCGGACCACUGCAACAAGGACGGCGAGGUUUGCACCGCCCUGGGCGAGAACUACACUUGCUGCAACAACAAGUGCGUCGACCUGUCCUAUGACAAGAACAACUGUGGCGGGUGCAAGAACAAGUGCAAGUUUACGUACGGGUGUUGCGGCGGACGGUGCACGAGCCUGGCGUACGACAAGAGGAACUGCGGGAGAUGCGGCAACCGAUGCCCUACAGGUGACUUAUGCUUCUACGGAUUGUGUAAUUACAAUGGCUAGGGCGGUCCCUUUUGGGUCCGCCGUGAGAGGGUUGGCUCGUCAUACUAUUCUUAAUGCAAUAAAAGAACCACAUUGGUUUGUGGUUAAGGUUUAUACGUAUGAAAACAAAGCGCAGACAUGCUUUUAUUACUACUUUGCGAACGUUCUCUUUAAUUGUAAUACCUCUACUGAUUGGUGAACUAUAAGUAAUGUGUAUGUCUAUGUAUUGUUUGUUGCUU